UCUCAGAGCUUGCCGGUUCGUGAUUGAUUUGUGGUGCAUCGAGCUUCUCUGCGCAUCGCCCGCUGGCUGCUGGAUGUUUGCCUGUCAAUCAUUUGCGCGAGGGCGCGCCUGCCGUCUUCCGCGCAGCCUGCCCCUGGCCACGCGGGCCGCCACGCGCUGUAGCUCGACCUCGUCGUCCACUGCGCCGUCCAUAGCUGCACUCUUGAAACAAUCUUCGGCUUCUUCGCCGCCUCGGCCAUCAUCAUCACCUGACCACUCGCUGACGCUCAAUGGCUUCGUGCGCAGUGUGCGAAAACAAAAGCGUGUGGCUUUUGCUGCCAUAGGCGAUGGUUCAUCUCUGAAGACGGUACAAGCCGUCCUGACACCCGAGCAGGCCGACGGCUUGUCCACGGGAGUUGCUGUAGCUGUGACCGGCCGUUGGACCCCGUCCCCUGGCGCAGAGCAGUCCUUCGAGCUUCAGGCCGAUAGCGUGCGUGUCCUGGGCACCAACGACGCUACCACAUCACCCUUGCAAAAGAAAUAUCAAACGCCCGAAUAUCUUCGCACAUUGCCUCAUCUACGUACGCGGCUGCCCAUCAAUGCCCUACUUCUUAGACUGAGGUCUUUGGUUACGGCCCAAGUGACCAGCUACUUUGUGAAUCACGGAUUCAUCCAAACACAUCCGCCCAUCAUCACAUCUUCCGACUGUGAAGGCGCUGGCGAGGUCUUCACCAUAGCACCAGAAACGUCAUCCAACCCUGCAAAGGGUGCCACCAAGCAGCCAACAGGGCAUCAGGAGCUCUUUUUUGGCUCUCCAAAGUAUCUGACCGUAUCUACCCAACUCCAUCUCGAGGCGCUCGCCCAGUCGGUCGGGAAGGUAUGGACCUUGUCUCCCACGUUUCGGGCGGAGAAGAGCGACACAGCUCGCCACUUGAGCGAGUUCUACAUGCUAGAAGCUGAAGUCGCAUUUGUGGAAGACCUGACGGAUGUCAUGGAUGUAGUAGAGGGUCUCCUGCGCAACGUCGCAACUGAACUACAAGCCUCUACAGUUGGUGACGAACUUCUCGAGGCUCGGGCCCGAGACGAUAGGGAAGACGGCAAUGUCGUGUCCAGCACAGUGCUUGCGCAACGGUGGCAGGGACUGAUUCAAGGGCCUUGGCCACGGAUCACAUAUCAAGAUGCGUUGGAGCAGUUACGAUCAGCUGUUGCGAAUGGCGAGGCCCACUUUGAGUUUGCACCCGGGCACGAAGACGGGCUUCAAACAGAGCAUGAACGAUUUCUGGCUGAACGUCUGGGAGGGGGCGGGCCAGUUUUCGUCACAGACUAUCCGCGCGAGAUCAAGCCGUUCUAUAUGGCGCCUUCCGCCAACACGACCGCAGGCCAUGAUCAGGCACCCACAGUCGCUUGCUUCGAUCUUCUCGUUCCCGACAUUUGCGAGCUAGUGGGAGGUUCGAUGCGUGAACAUCGGCUGCCAGAACUUGUCAAAUCAAUGGAAGAUCACGGGUUGCGCAGUGCAUCCACGCCCGAACCAGACACCUCGGAUGGUUCUUUACAAUGCUAUGAAUCGUUGCCGCCCAAUUUCUCGCUCUCGGCGAACAUGAUCGCGGGCGCGUUCGCAGGAAUUGCCGAACACUCGGUCAUGUACCCAAUUGACCUGUUGAAGACGCGUAUGCAGGUCGUCAACCCAUCGCCCACGGCUGUGUACUCGGGCAUCUCGAACGCUAUGGUCACAAUAUCACGGGUAGAGGGAUUCAGAACAUUGUGGAGAGGUCUCUCCAGUGUCAUUGUGGGAGCAGGUCCAGCGCACGCUGUGUACUUUGCGUCCUACGAGGCGACCAAGCAUGCUCUAGGCGGGAACGAGGGAGGCAGCGAGGAACACCAUCCUUUCGCAGCAGCGGCGAGCGGUGCAGCAGCCACAAUCGCCAGCGAUGCGUUGAUGAAUCCUUUUGAUGUCAUCAAGCAGCGCAUGCAGCUACACGGCUCCGUCUACAAAUCCGUCCCGCAUUGCGCCCGCGAAGUCUUCCGUCGCGAGGGCCUAAGCGCAUUUUACGUCUCCUAUCCCACAACGCUAUGCAUGACGGUCCCUUUUACGGCAUUACAGUUCAUGUCAUACGAGUCGCUUUCGAAAGUCAUGAAUCCGACUGGUCGCUACGAUCCUUACACGCACUGCUUCGCUGGAGCGCUGGCGGGAGGUCUCGCUGCGGGCUUUACCACUCCAUUGGACGUGAUCAAGACUCUGCUUCAGACAAGGGGCAAUGCGACAGACGCUGAGCUUAGAAACGUUUCGGGACUUGUGAAUGCGGCAAAAAUAAUACAUCAGAGAGACGGUUGGAAGGGCUACUUCCGAGGACUGAAACCGAGGAUAAUCACCACGAUGCCUAGCACGGCAAUUUGCUGGUCUGCAUACGAGAUGGCAAAGGCAUUUUUCAUUGCGCGCAGCGAACGAGGACCCCUUAUUAAAAGGAGCGAAUAGCUCCGUGACGGCGAUUGAGGGUGCUCGAUGGGCGCCAUAUCCCUUUCAUAUACCGACUCGGAUGGAGUCUGCACAUGUUGCAUUUAGAAAGCGUGGGCGAGGCGUUGGUGCCACGAGGAGGUUGGCCUGCGGCGCUCAUUUCGAGUAUUGUAUAUCGGCAAAGGCACCCGCGAUAUAGAGGAGGACCGACCUUUGGCGGCGUCUGGGAUGGAUUUUGCUCCUUUGCGCGGAGUAUGGGAUGCCUUGUUGCGUGUAUCAUAGAAAUCCGAGGCCCGUGAUGGGCUGGGCGAGAUACUUAAUCGAUAAGCAGAGGGGAUGCGUCUCUCUGCAUGCGAGCAUGGC